AUGGCUGUUGGUAAGAACAAGAGACUAUCCAAGGGUAAGAAAGGUCUAAAGAAGAAGGUCGUUGACCCAUUCACCAGAAAGGACUGGUUCGACCUAAAAGCUCCAUCCACUUUCGAGAACAGAAACGUUGGUAAGACCCUAGUUAACAAGUCUACUGGUCUAAAGAACGCUGCUGACUCUCUAAAGGGUAGAGUUGUCGAAGUUUGUCUAGCUGACCUACAAGGUUCUGAAGACCACUCCUUCAGAAAGGUUAAGUUGAGAGUUGACGAAGUUCAAGGUAAGAACCUAUUGACCAACUUCCACGGUAUGGACUUCACCACCGAUAAAUUGAGAUCCAUGGUUAGAAAAUGGCAAACUUUGAUUGAAGCCAAUGUCACCGUCAAGACCUCUGAUGACUACGUUAUCAGAAUCUUCGCCAUUGCCUUCACCAGAAAGCAAGCUAACCAAGUUAAGAGACACUCUUACGCUCAAUCUUCUCACAUCAGAGCUAUCAGAAAGGUUAUCUCUGAAAUCCUAACCAAGGAAGUCCAAAACUCCACUCUAGCUCAACUAACUUCCAAGUUGAUCCCAGAAGUUAUUAACAAGGAAAUUGAAAACGCUACCAAGGAUAUCUUCCCUCUACAAAACGUCCACAUCAGAAAGGUUAAGCUUCUAAAGCAACCAAAGUUCGAUGUCGGUGCUUUGAUGGCUCUACACGGUGAAGGUUCUUCUGAAGAGAAGGGUAAGAAGGUCGCCGGUUUCAACGACGAAGUUCUAGAAACUGUUUAA